AUGACUGAACCAUUGGAACUUGUGGCUUCUGUAUGGACUCGUUUGCUCGCUAGGACGGCGUCAACAGAAAAACAACUUACAGGAAAACAUGAUGAAGAUGAAUCAGUAUUAUCAGCAGUAGAACGACAAACUGAAAAUUCACGUAAAGGUGGAACCAUUUGGGAAGCCGUACGCAAAGCAGAUGAAGCAGCUUUCAAGCGUAUUCUUAACGAAAAUCCAAGUAAUGCUAAUGCACGUGGUCCGGUUGGCGAAUGUCCUAUACAUAUGUUAUUUUUGUAUGGAACUGAAACUCAUCUUAAUAUGGCUCGAUAUUUUAUUAUAAAUUUUCCACAUACAAUAACGCAAAUCUAUAAUAAAGAGGAAUAUUACGGUGAAAUGGUUCUUCAUAUUGCAAUUAUUAAACGAAACCCAACAAUGGUGGAAUGGUUGUUAGGCGAGGAACACAAUAGAGCCUAUCUAGAACAACAAUUAACGUCAACAGCUAGUGGAAGAUUUUUUCAAGAAGGUCGACCGUGUUAUUAUGGUGAAACUCCGUUAGCUUUUGCUUGUUGUACCAAUCAAUGGAAUAUAGUCGAAAUCUUACUUAAAUUUGGCGCUUCCAUGGACGUGGUUGAUUCCAAUGGUAAUACUGUAUUACAUUUACUUGUUAUUCGUAAUUUACCUGAAAUGUACACUAAAUAUAAAGAACGUUGGAUAGCCGAACAGCAAGCAGAUAAAGGUUCAAGUGACGAAGAUGAUGACGAUGAAUAUUUUCGAAUAGAGAAUCAACGUAUUACUCCAUUAUGGAAACGUUUAAACAAGGAGGGUUACACUCCGUUAACAUUAGCUGCAAAAUUGGGCCAAGCUGAUAUGUUUUCAUUUUUACUUGAAGAACGUAAAAUAACUCAAUGGAGUUUUGGACCUGUUGCAUGUGUACUUUAUCCACUUGAUCAAGUCGAUUUAGAAUUUCGAGAAGAAGAUAAUAUUGAAUCACCAGUGAGUGCUCUUGAACUUAUUGUACAAAAUGCUCAUGUCGAACUUAUUAUGCAUCCGCGUAUGAUUGAUUUAGUGAAUAAAAAAUGGGAGCGUUUUGCAAGAAGAAUCUUUUUUAAUCGCUUCUUGGUGACAUUCUCUUAUUUAACCGUUUUUCUCAUUACAACUAUUCUCGAUCAAACACGAAAUGAAACGAUUACAGGUGAAGGUGAUGACGCAGAAACAAUAAGUGUUGAACCAGCCGGAAUGCUGUGCCAAACAAUUUGCACUAUCGGCCGUUUCUUUGUUCUAGCAGGAGCUAUAUGGAAAGGUCGAUCUGAACUUAAAGAGAUAGCGACUUUAGGUAUACGAAAAUAUUUUCAAACAACGGGUUCUGGUCUUCUGGAAAAUUGUUUAGCAUGUUCAUUCUGUUCAACUAUUUUCAUAGUCAAUAUCUUGCGAGCAUUAAAUAUGGAAGCUGAAACAGCAGCAUUAGCAAUAGCAUCAUUGCUCGGCUGGGGUUAUAUGCUUUUCUUCGUUAUGGCGUUUCGAUUGACUGGUCCAUUUGUUGUGAUGAUAUAUGAAAUGCUUUUUAAUGAUGUUCUUCGAUUUUGUAUCAUUUACGUUGUAUUUCUCAUAGGAUUUUCACAGACGUUUUUCAUUCUAUUUGAUUACAAUGGCUUCACAGGCUUUCUUACAAGUGUCAAACAGUGUUUUUUGGGCAUGCUUGGAGAUUUCGAUCUUGACUCAUAUGCUGAAACAAAACAUUCGUAUAUUAGUGUUACCUUUCUUCUUUUCUAUAUAAUUGUCGUUACGAUAUUGUUACUUAAUUUACUUGUUGCUAUGAUGGGUGAUACCUAUGGAAACAUUAUUGAAGGUGCAACACAAGUAUGGCAUUUAGAACGAGCACGUAUUGUAUUUGCCAUCGAAAAUGAAAUGGAGUCUGCGGAACGAAACUUAGCGCGAAAUAAAUACUGGACUAAUGUUGACGGUGAACGAUAUUUGCAAGUCGAAGAAGUUAAUGAAAAAGAUUUUCUUGCGGCCAACAGUGAAGAAAACGUCGAUACUAAUGAUACGAAGGAAGACUAG